UAAGCAUUUCAUUUAUUUACUUUGAAUAAUUUCCCUAUUGCCAUAACUUCUCAAUCUCCGGUCGUUCUCUUCCCAUCUCCCUCUUCAUCUUCAUCUUUAUCUUCCGAGCCUUAGAUGGUCGUUUCCCCUGUAGUCGCCACCUCUCCGUGGGUUCCGGGAAUUCCCUUGCUCCCUCUCAUUGGCCAUGGGAUCCUGGUCCUCAGCAAUCUCCACCUCGGGAGAUGACUCCGUUGGCUAUUCUUCAAGAUCCCCAUUGCUCCCUCGCGUCGAGUUAGGAUUCUAUUGCAUCCUAAGAUGCUUACGCUCCUUCCUGCAGGUGCCUCCUCUGCCAUGCCAGAGACGCUUGAAGGAAACAAUUAUGCUGCCAUGGUUGAUCAAAAAAGGUCUUGGUGCGUGGGCUCUUAUACCAAAUGGAAGAUUGGGAAUCGAGAGACAAGCCGCAAAUCUUUUUAUAUGGGGUACUGAUGCAAAUCGUAGCAUGACUUCAAGGGAUCUAGUAGUUCCAAUUGGACUGGUUACGCGAGCACGAGCAAAAAAGUUUAAAGAUAAACUCAAUGACCUGAUUCAAGAGGUUUGGAUUCAACCAAAUUCGUGGAAGCCCAUUGAACAUAAACCACGUGAUCAACAAAGAUGCAUCAACAUGAUUCAAUUUCUAAAAGAUUCCAGCCAAGUCUAUAAUGCAGAUGAUUUAAUCCCAUUAUAAUGCCAUUUUCUAGAAGUUUCUAGAAUAUUUGUUGAAGAUCAAGAGACGAUAUCAGCAGAUUUGUUUACAGUUUAAAUGUCAUGAAGAUAUUCUAUAAAUAUUUAGAUUUCAUAUCUUUAUAGAUUAAGUCAUAUCCUAUAGAUACUUUAGAUUUUAUUUUCCUUACUUUAGGAGGAGAUAUGGCCAAAUUAAGAUUAGUUUUGGUCUAUAUAUAAUCAUCUCAAUCAAUUUUUAAAAGGAGGAACAUUCAGAAAA